AUGACAAGCUCAGUGAAAGGAAGCAGUGGCUGCUCUCCUGAUUCAACAGUCUCUUCUCUUUUAAGAAGCUGUGGCAUUGACAGCAAUCAUCCACACUCAAGCAGUUGGAUUCACUACAAGGGCAAGCUUUACAGCUCUGCAUCCGAGGCUUUGGAGGCUUAUAUUGAAGAUUAUAAUUUAAGUCUCACAUCCCCAGGAGUAAGCACUGGAAAAAUCUGCAUAUGUCAAAGCACUCCCAAGCAAGUCAAUUUUUCAAGACAGCAUGCCAAAGAAACACACGCAAUUCAUGUAAAAUAUCUUUGUUUUUCAGCACUGGGAGAUUUUAAUCAGCAAAGAGGACUGGGCCUUCUUGCCUCACCCUGUGGAGGGCAGGCUGAGUGUGACCCAGACUUGGUUAGUCUUACAACAGAUGAUCUGUUAGCAUUUCCAGAGGAUGGGUCACUGCCCUUGGUCGAGAGUCCUUCUCAACCAAAGCAUCCCAGCAGUGGCUGGAACAGAUGGAGUAGUGGAACACUUCAACCACCUUUCUGCCCUCAGCAGACCUCAUCUCUCAAUCCUGAAAGUCCCUCAAGUCCUCAGAAGAAUGGGAAAGCUGCUGCUCACCAGGAUCCACACAAAGACUUGAAGAAAUGGAACCUCUCUACACCUGCUGGGUAUGAUCCUGUCUCUAGAGGAAGUCCAAGAGCCUUGUCUUUGGAAGAGAACUCCAACACUGUGCAUCUUAAGAAUUAUCCUGGCUGGCUCAGCAGUCACAAGUCUGACUUCAGUGUAUCAGAGAUGAGCAGUAUCCCCAAGCUGUACUUCCCAGCCUGGCUCCAGAAAGAAGGACCCUCUGCAGACAAAGACAAUGCUGAUUUUCUUGACCCAAGUGGUUUCCUGGAUCUGAGAGGUGACAACCAAGUAGAAGAUGCCAGCCCAGUUGCAUGCUGCCCAUUUGAUACCUCGUUUUUGAGAGGCACUAAAAAGCCCUUCAGAGAAGGGCAGCUUGGGCUGCCUCCCUUGAAGGUUGACAUGGGUCUGGAGAGUUCAGCUGAAGACCUGGCAAAGAAUCUGGAGCCUGAUGGCAGCUCCUCCACCACAGAGACACUAGAAACUGAAAGGUCAUGGGAAAAGGCUCCAGCUGCUGUCAAACCACCAGUGCCUGGGUGCUGUGAGGACAUGGAGAAUGCUCUCUCAUUCCCCAAGGCAGAAAUCAUACAUAAAUUCCUGGAAGACUGUUUACGGGACAAAAACCAGGAACAGACUUUUUGUGGAGAUCAUCACGACAGACCCCUGGAAUCUUUGAAGUUCAUGCUGUUUAAACUCCAAGCACUUCAAGGAAGCUUAAGCCAGAAUGAAACUGCUGAGCCAAAGGAAGAGUUUGAAAAACUUCCUGAAAAAGCAGAGGAUGAAUUAAAGCUGUGUGGCAGUGAGAUAAUCCCUCUUGCUAAUUCUGUUCAGAAGACUUUACACCAUUUCUCACAUCUGAAAAGUCUGGUUGAAGACAAGAACCAACAAGAACUGACCUGUGAUCCUGAAGGAGAUAUAGAAGGAAAAGGAAUUAUCUGUGAAGCUGAUAUCUAA